AUGACAUGCUCGGCGGGUGCCGUCGCGUUGGCGCGGUCGCUGCGAUGUCGGCGCCGCACGUGCUCCCGCUCGUCGUCUGACACUGCACGCAGAUGGAUGGAUCGAGAGUCGAGCAUGGGGGCGUACGAGGCAGCGGAGCAGUACGCGCAUGACGUCUUCGAUCGACCUCGCCAGGCCAUCGCUGCCCUGAUCCGAUGCGAUCCACAGGAGGUCGCCAUCGUGUCGUCCGCGACCCAGGCAUGGCAGGCCGUCGUCUACGGCAUGGAGUUCAAGCCAGGCGACGUCAUCGUCACGGCACCAGCGGAGUACGGAAGCAACUACCUGACGUACGUGCAACUCAAGCAGCGCUUCGGCAUCGAGAUCGCCGUGUGCCCGGAGGACGCAGGAGGCGACCUCGACCUACAGGAGCUGGACAGGCUUCUCCAGGACCCCGGGUGCAAGCUCCUGUCGUUCUCCCACAUUCCUACGUCUUCUGGGCGCGUAUACGACGCGGCAGGCGCGGGCGCGGUGGCGCGGCGGCGGGGCGGGCCGUUCGUGCUGGACGCCUGCCAAACGGCGGGCCAGAUCCCAAUCGACGUGGCGAACAUCCAGUGCGACUUCCUCACAGCCACAGGCCGCAAGUAUUUGAGAGCCCCCCGGGGGUGUGGGUUCCUGUACGCGUCGCACGCGGCGAUGCAGUGGCACAAGCCGGCGACGCUGGACGUGUGGGGCGCAGUGCUGACGGACGACGAGGGCUACGAGCUGCAACCGUCCGCGCGGCGAUACGAGCAGUACGAGAUGAGUUUCGCAGCGCGCGUAGGACUUGGAGUUGCAGCUGACGAGGCAGUGGACGCACUGCAGAAUGGCGCGUGGGACCGCAUCCAGGAACUGGCGCAGUACCUCCGCGAGCGCCUCGCCGGCGUUCCCGGCGUCGCAGUUCACGACGUGGGCAAGCAGUUGUGCGGCAUCGUGAGCUUCACGCUGCAAGGACGGGACGCGGAGGAGGUGAAGAUGGACCUGCGCGCGCGGGGCAUCAACGUGUCUGUGUCGCGGUGGACGUCGACGAUGCUCGACUUCCGCACGAGAGGCCUGGAGAGUGUCCUGCGAGCAUCCGUGCACUACUACAACACGAGGGGCGACAUCGACAAGCUUGUUGCUGCUUUGACUGACGCAUAG